GCAAAACUGGUUGAUGAAUUAAAAAAUAAACUACACCGAAAAAUGGGGGAGUUGAUUGAAGACUGCUUAGAGGUAAGAGGUUGCCAAAAAAAUCGAGAUAACUUACAGUAAUUUAGCUAUACCAAGCGGAAUUAAUGUCGGAAUAUUUACGGAGUGGAAGUUAAAACAGUUCAAUGUUUGGAACACUGUAUAUGCAUAACUCAAAUUGUUAAAGGGCUUUUGUAGAUGGAAAUUUGAAAAUGUUGAGCAUAACCUAUGCCAGUAUAUAUAAGCCCUCUAGCAGGAUUCGAACUUGCGGCUGCGGCCGUGCAAAUCCGGCACAUGUCUUCGCUUUCUUUUUUUUACCAUAUACACGAAACAGAGUAUCGAGAUGACGAAGUUCACUCUUUCGUCAGCAGAAAUGCCUAAAUGCCUGAGUCGGUGGUUUUAUAUGUAAUAAAAAUCAUGUUCAUUUACAUAAACUUUAUCUUUGAUUUCUCGGCUUAGACAACCUUGAUUUUUAAAAUUAUUUCGUCAAUGAAAUCACCAAAUGGGCGUUUUCUAAGCCAUUCUUCUCUCUCUCUCUCUCUCUCUCUCUCUCUCUCUCUCUCUCUCUCUCUCUCUCUCUCUCUCGCUCUCGCUCUCUCUCUGCACUAAGCACACCUGUCCUGCUCGUGUUUUGGUCUCUCGUGCUAUAAAGCAGUCCUGCUCGUGUUUUAAACAACGCGGUCUCUCGUGCUAUAUAAAGCAGUCCUGCUCAUGUCUUAAACAGUACUUUAAGGGAAAUGGCAAUAUAUGUUAUUUUAUUUUCUCAUUUGAAAGAACUUCUAAGACUAUAUGUAUAAUACUCAAAUUGGAAAAUAAAUUUCGACUCAGAAGUGGUGCAUUUUUCCACGCGUAAUACUAAAUACUCAAAAUUUGCUACUUUCACAGGGCUAUAUAUUUUCCGUAUUUUACAACAUUUUGAAACCAAAUUUGGCAAUAUUAUUAACUUAAAGAUGUUCUUUUAAGCUAUAAUGAUAGAUUUCGUCCUUCUUGUGUGGAUCAAAUUAAAUUUAGUUUAUAGCUAGCCUAAAUUCAGAAAUUAACACGAAAAAUGUCAGGAAAUACGCAGCUCGUGGCGAUGACCAUCCACCAGAUCAUUAUACGUCGAAUUCCUGCAAGGCGCUGAUCAAGUAGUGUUGUGGGUUGGUUUAACCAGAACAGGGAUUGUUUUGGGUCCCCACUUUGUUCAAGAACACCUGGACACCCGAGAAUAUUUGAGAAUCAUCCGUUAUAAUGUGAUACAGAGAGAUUGUCGCUGGCACAACAUCGACAGGUCUGUUAUGUGGUGGCAGCAAGAUGGGUCACUGUUAUGUUGGUGUUACAUGAAGUAUAGAACGUUGCAUCAAGGGGGUCGGGCAUUUUCGAAGUGAGCACAUGUGUGUAGGUUUCAUGUUUUAGGUACGUUGAAAUAAAUAACAAUUUUGAAGAUAUAACAUUGGCGACGAGGGUAAAUUUAUGCAUUACCGGUUAAUAUUAAAGAAAGAGUGAUUCAUUUUGGGUAUUUGCGAACAGUGAAGAUUCAAACGUGAGAUAAAAAAUCGGCGGACAAUCUGACAUAUAAGGUAUUUGUGCCAUUUUUAUUAUGGCGAGCGCGGGAAAUCUACAACCCAUGCCACCGUUUGACCCUAAGACGGAUGUGAGUGCUUUCAAGAGAUUUCAAAGAUAUUUGCUGGCAAUGGACAUCAAGUCGAAAGCACGGCAGCGGGCUAUGCUUUUGUACGCGGCAGGUCGCGAAGUGGAGGCCAUUUUUGACACGCUACCGGAUAAUGGUGACGACGAUGACUUUAAGACGGCGUGUGAAAAGCUCACUGAAUAUUUUAGUCCUUCUAAGAAUGUACCUUUCGAGGUAUAUAAAUUUCGUCAAGCUAAACAACAAGAACAUGAGACAUUAGAUGCAUAUUAUACUAGAUUAUGUACUUUGGCCAAAACAUGUGAAUUCGCAGACACAGAUACUGAGCUGAAACAACAAAUAAUUGAAGGAUAUUUAUCUAACAGAUUGCGACGAAAGAUUUUAAUGGAAAAAACAUUUACCCUGUCACAAAUAUUAGAUUAUGGAAGAGCAUUAGCUCGUACAGACCAACAAACAAAGGAAAUUAUAAAAAAGGACAUUUCUGAUGGUAAUGAGGAAUAUACUAAUCAAUUACAACAGGAUCACCGAAGACCUAGAACAACCAGUAAGUAUUCGUCAUCAUCUAGUAAGAGAUGUUUUAAAUGUGGACUGGGGUUUCCACACAAGGAUAACCAGAAAUGUCCAGCUAUAGAUAAAGAAUGUUACAAGUGUCAUAAAAGGGGGCAUUUUGCUCGUGUAUGUAAAACAACCGGAGGAGCCACUAGUUCAUUCCAGUGUGUUAAUAAGGUUGACGAACGGCAUUCAUCAACAAACAAAUCAACAAGUAAUUCGAGCAGUGACUCAGACAGCGGUUCAGAACACAUGUUCACAGUUCAACAAGCACAGCAAAAUAAGCAUCCCUAUUCUACGGUCCGUGUUAAUGGAGUCCCGAUGAAAAUGAUGGUGGGCAGUGGUGCGUCUGUUAACGUUUUGGGUCCUGAGGAUUUCGAACAUUUAAGCAAACAAAGCAAAGAACCAAUAUCCUUAAAAAAACCAACACAAAGAUUCGUGCUUUUGGAGAAAAUAACCAUAUUCCCCUAUUAGGCAAAGUGGAGACAUUAGUAGAAUCAAAACAUUGUAUGACAGUGGCUACAAUUUACAUUACCGCAUCUCAAUAUGGUAAAUUGCUUAGUAAUACAACAGCACAGCAAUUAAGACUUAUUAAGUUUGAUCUAAAUUCAGUUUCUCAGCAAGCAGUACAAGAGGGUGAUUUGGAUAGAAAAGCCUUGCGACAAACCACAACCCACUACAACCAGUAACUCGACAAGUAGUGAUGGUGAGAAAAGGACAAAAGUGUGCACAAGUACGCCAGACACAGGUUGAGUCUCGACUCUUUUAGAAGAGUAUGCGGAUGUAUUUGAAGGUGUAGGACAUCUUAAAGGGUUUGAACAAAAACUGCGCAUUGACGAUAGUGUGCCACCUGUGGCCCAAACAUACCGUAGAAUACCUUUUAAUCUUCGUCCUCAGUUAGAGAAGUGGCUUCAAGAGUCGCAGGAUAAUGAUUUGAUUGAACCUGUCGUUAAUAAAAGUACAGAGUGGGUCAGUGGAGUAGUGAUCGUGCCUAAGCCGAAAAAUCCGGACGAAAUACGUGUAUGUGGGGACUAUCGCAGAGUUAACGAAGCCAUUAAGAGGGAACACCACCCUAUGCCUACAAUUGAGGAACUAACAGAUGAUAUGAGCAAUGCAGCUCAUUUUUGUCGCCUAGAUUUAAGAAGCGGAUACCAUCAAAUUGUGCUUAACGAAGAAUCGCGUGGUAUAACAACUUUUACGACUCAUAAAGGUCUUUUCCAGUGGAAAAGACUCCCUUUCGGAAUUAACUCGGCAAGCGAAGUGUUUCAAAAUGCUAUCCAGCAUACAUUGCAAGGCAGGGGCGGAUCUUGGAUUUUUCGCACGUUAGUCAAAAAUCUAUGACAUUAUCGAUGACGCAAAACGUGAUGACGUCAUUUGCCAUGACGUCAUUCGAUGUCAUGAUGAUAGUCCAAUUUUCGUGGGAGUAUAGAUAUUUUAUUUUAUCAAACUACAAAUGCGCAAAUGACAUAGUUUUUGUACCUGCCAAUGUUCAGCAUAUAUAUGAUAAAGUAAUAUAUAGACUGUUUUGCCUUACAGUGUAUACCUUGGUUCAUCAGCAUGCCUAGGAAACACAUUUACCAAAAAUAGUAAACCAUGAUCCAACAAGGACAGCUCCUUGAAAAAGCUGAACACAAGCACGUGUUUCUGGCACCUUAAAACUAGAUUGCUUGCCUUCACACCUUUUGCAAAAGCAAAAGGAGUUUGGUUAGAACUUAGAAAUGGGUGACAAUGAAAACCACCUAAAAUGAGCAAUCUGGUUUUAAGGUGCCAUAAACCCACCUCACACCUUUCACCAUAGCAAAAGGAGCUUGGUUAAAAAUGGGUGACAAUAUGUGAAAUUGCCCAGUUUUUCCCUUUAGCCCCUUCCCCAUAUUACUAACCUAUGUCUAAUCUAAUUAAAUUCAUCAUCUUGUUAUAUACUGUCCACUAUGAAAAUGUAUAACAUCACAAGUGAAAUAGUGCCUCAAAGCUGCAGCUUCAUUGGAAGCCAACUUUUAUUGAAAACAAGUUUAUUUUACCUGCCAUUUUAAUUAAACAUAUUUUAAUCACAGUAGAUUCAAAUACAAAAGAUUCAUUACAAAUGACUAUUACUUUACUUAUCUAGUUAUCUGAAAUAAUUGGCAAGGUUUUUAACACAGUAUUCUAUUAUUCUUACACUAUGCUUCUUACAUACUGUAUAUAGAAACAUACUAUCAACAUGGUGUUUGUCUGUCAGGGCCUGAAAUAACAUUCCCAAAAUUCCCAAUCAUGGUGAUUGAUCAUGGUGAUCAGCAGUCAUGACUUUCCCUGCUUUUUCAGGUCGAAAACCCUGCUUUUCCACUGAUCAUAGGCAAUUUCCUGCUGAUUAUUGAUUGGUAAUCAGUUGUUAUUUCAAGCCCUGGUCUGUUGAAAAAUUUAACUGGUUCAAGAUGCAAUGGACCCGUCUCAAGCCAAUGAGAUCAAACCGAUAUUUGGCAUCAGCUUUUGUCUACAAAGCCCGAAUGUUUGAGGAGGGGGGGAGAUUAUGGGAAUUAAGGUAGUGAUCUUGAAAGGCUAAGUUUGGUUGAUGAUGAAGGAAGUUUUUUCUCAUGCCCAAGGAAGGUUUUUCUCAUGCCAGUGUUGUGUACAAGAGCGAGGUUAUUGUUAUUGGAGGCGAGAGUGGUCUUUUUGCAAGCCGAUAUAUUUAACUUUAACCUCAUGUUCCAGAAAAUGUAUUAAUAAAGUUUCCUACAGUAUGUUAGGAAUAAUAUCCUGGUAAAUUUGCAUCAUGACCAAGCCAAGUCAUUUAAUUUAACUUAAUUAGUCUUCAACCAUAGUGCUUCUUUGCUUAUACUGUAUAAAAACUAAAAGUGACCUACUGUAUAGACCUUUCACACUUGCACUGUAAACAUUUAAACUAUCAAGGUCAAAUUUAUAGGUCAUUGGUACCUGUCAAUGCUUUAUAGGGACAGAGCUAUACAGGCCAUUGCCAGUUGCAUUAGAUCUAAAAAUAUAACCAAAGAUUAUAUUAUUAUCUUUAUAAAGUACAUUUGUAGAGCUAUUAUCAGUCAAUCAAUACUCUAUAAAGCAUGUACACAAUAAAUAUUUUUUAUCCAACAUGAUCAAAUAUUUGAGAUCAAGUUUCUGCCACUUGAGGUGUUUUAAUUUUAUACACAUAUAAAUGAAUAUGUAUGCAGUAUAUGAAACUUUGGAUCUACAACCUCGCACAAUUAUGCAAAUCGUACGUUCAGUUCAACGAUUUAUUGUUCAAAAUUUAAACCACUUUACCUUAUUGCCAUACACCGCUUAUUAAUCUCUUGAAAAUAUAGACGACGAGAAAUCAACACAUAGUUUCGGCCAAGACAAUUUUCUUGCAUCCAUCGAAUUUAUCAGCUUGAAAUAUUCUCGACAGAACACCAGAAAGCAUCCCUUAUCGUAACAAAUAACGAUAUAACCCUUUCGAAAUCUUUAUUUCGAAAAUAGUUCAACAAAUAUACUAAGAUUAAGCGAAAUAAUUCGCUUGUAAAAUUGUACAGAGCUGCAACAGAGCUACCAAGUGCACAAUGCUUCCAAAUUGAAGAUUAGAAGGCCAAUCAGAGGAGAUGUUCUUUAACUCUUUUGCGCAAAUUGUCCAAUCAGAAGCUGCUAUCUGUUUGCAGGAUUAGUCAAAAUUGCGCAAUCGUUAGUCAAAAUAGGUCUGACCAAUCAACAUGCCUGUAAUGUGUAAUCUGAGCAAAUUUGACCAAUCAAAUAACAUGAACUAAAAUGCAGAAUAGUCAAUUUUCAUUUCAAUACCGCUUAUUUGACUUAUCGUUUGACUAAUCAAUCGCUGGCUCAAUGUGCAAAAACUGAUCGAAGUUUAUAUGCUGGAGUGUGAUGUAGUUUUGAUUGCAUGAUCAGAAAUGAAGAGAAGCGUUUGCGCUGGAAAAAAAUUCAAAAACCUUAGUCCAAUUUUUUUAUAUGCCUUUUUUUACGUUAGUCGCGUGACUAAUCUGACUACCCCUAGAUUCGCCCCUGUUGCAAGGAUUGAAUGGAGUUAAAAACAUUGUUGAUGACAUAAUUGUUUGGGGGCGAACUCAAAAAGAACAUGAUGCCAAUCUUCAAACUCUAUUGCAGAGACUAAGAGACACCGGAUUGACCGCAAAGAAAAGUAAGUGCCUUUUCAAUGUGGACAGUUUAUGGUUUUAUGGCAUGAUUCUUAGUAAGAAUGGGAUUAGGCCUGACCAGGAGAAAGUUGUGGCAAUAAAAAAUACACCUGCCCCAAACAAUGUAAAAGAACUAUGUAGCUUUCUAGGACUCGUGAAUUAUUGUUCGAAGUUUAUUCCUAAUUUCUCUACCAUUACGGCGCCGCUACGGAAAUUGAAUCGCAAAAAGGUUCCAUGGACAUGGGACGCUAGUCAUCAACAAGCCUUUGAUCAGGUUAAAUCUUCACUAUCUGAACAGUGUACGUUGGCCUGGGGGCCUAGGGGCUCCUGGUUCAACAUGACGAACAGGGCAUUUUGAAAGUGAUUGCUUUUGCUAGUAGAGCACUAACAGUAGUUGAACAGCGGUACUGUCAGACAGAACGAGAAGUGUUGGCAUGUGUGUGGGCAUGCGAGAAAUUUCAUUUAUAUUUAGUUGGUUGUCAGUUUACCUUGUAUACAGAUCAUCAAGCGUUAGAAAUCCUUUACUCAGCAAAGGCCAAACAAUCUGCUCGAAUACAGAGAUGGGCAAUGCGCCUCCAGCAGUAUAAUUACACCGUCAAGUAUCGUCCAGGCACAGGAAAUCCGGCAGAUUUCCUUUCACGGGCAUCAAUUAACGAGCCCUCGGGACAGUCUAUUGCCGAAGAAUAUAUUAACUUUAUAACAGAGCAAUCCAUUCCCAGAACAAUUACCUUGUCAGAGGUGCAAGAAGCGACAAAGAACGAUAAAGAACUGCAGUCAGUUGGACGAGCACUUCAGUUUGGCAACUGGAAAGACAAAUCCAUAUCAGCUUAUUUUGCAAUACGGCAUGAAAUAACAUCAGUAAGGGUUGUACUGUUGAGAGGACACCGACUGAUUAUACCAAUAUCACUUCGAAAUAGACACUUGGGAAUUGUCAAGACCAAACAAAAUUUGAGAACCAAGGUAUGUUGGCCUAGAUUAGAUAAAGAAGGAGAGCAACAUGUAAAGGAGUGUCUGAGGUGCCAAAUAUCUGGUAAUCCUGAACCCCCUCCACAUCUAGCAGUUGUCUCACCUCCAAUGGCACCAUGGUCAUGUAUUCAUGUUGAUUUCUAUGGACCAGCACCUACAGGAGAGCAUCUAUUGGUGAUGUUAGAUGAAACAACCGGAUUCCCAGAAGUUUGAGAUUAUGAAUAAAACCACAGCUUUUCAUACAAUACGAGCGUUUGAAAAAGUGUUUGCCCGACACGGACUGCCAGACACAAUUAAGGGCGAUAAUGGGUCGCCGUUCCUGUCCAAGGAAGUUAAGGACUAUCUGACAACACAAGGCAUCCACCAUCACCGUGUAACACCUUUAUGGCCCCAGGCCAAUGGAAAAGUGGAAGGCUUCAUGAAACCUAUGGGUAAAGCUAUUCGAGCGGCUUGGGCAGAGGGUCGAGAUUGGCAAAGAGAACUAUUCGCAUUUUUGAUGAAUUAUCGUACUACGCCGCACAUAUCUACAGGUGUGGCGCCAGCCGAGAUGCUUUACAAACGAGUAAUUCGAUCUACCGUUCCGUCUUUCUCUCAGGCACCUGCCAAUACAGCUGCAAAAAGGGUUUUGAAAGGAAAGGCAAAGUCAAAACAAUAUGUAGAUACCAGAAGACGUACACGAAAGUCAUCGAUAAAGGAAGGAGAUACAGUGUUGGUGAAACAGAAAAAGAAGAACAAGUAUACAACCAUGUUUCGUCCUCAACCAUACAAAGUUAUCAAUGUGCGAUAUUCCAGAGUAACAGCGCAAAGGGGUGAUCAUGUGAUUACAAGAAAAGGUUCGCAUUUUAAGAAAUUUAGUGGAGCGUAUAGAGAAACUGUUCCGAAUCCUGAGUCAGAAGAUGAUAUUACCAUUACGGCCCCACAAGCACGACAGGACAAUGAUCAAGACAUAAUUGAAGAUAGGUAUCCUUUAAGAGCAAACAGAGGCGUACCGCCAGAUUUUUAUGGACGGUAAAUAACUCUGAUAGUUAUUUGUAUACUUAGUUGUGUUAUCAAUCGUAGCAUGGACUACAGGUUUUAGUUCACAUUACCAGAUUCACUUAGAACUAUUUGUUGUGAGAGAAAGAGGGAGAUGUUAUGUUGGUGUUACAUGAAGUAUAGAACGUUGCAUCAAGGGGGUCGGGGAUUUUGGAAGUGAGCACAUGUGUGUAGGUUUCAUGUUUUAGGUACGUUGAAAUAAAUAACAAUUUUGAAGAUAUAACAGUCACCUUGUCACACCAUGCAGUAAAGCGACGAUGCAGUACCUUCGUGGGCAGUUUCCAGGCAGCGUGAUAAGUUUAGGCGGUGAUUUGCCUUGGCCUCCACGCUUUCCAGAUCUCACCGUGUGUGAUUUUUUCCUGUGGGGGACGGGGGUUAUCUCAAACACAAAACGUUGAGCGUGCAUGCCUCAUGAUCAACAGCUGAACAAUCUGAGACCGCUUCGCGAAGCGAUUAUUGCCGAAUGCCGCAACAUCGACGUGCAAAUAAUCCAACGUUUGUUGGAUAGUGUGGUCAAACGUGCAAGACUUUGCAUACGUUAUGCUGGAGGACAUAACUUUUUAGAUGAAUAGUUAUUUAAUUUUCGAUAAUAAACGUGUUCUUUACUGCUACCAUGGAUAAUAAAAUGCAUGGAUAGGAAACUAGCUGACGUGACCUAAUGUUUUCAAUGGGAUGAUGGCGUUGAAACCUAGUUGCAAACCAAAUUCUCAAAAAUGGCAUGUUUAGCAAUAAUACAUCUAAACAUUUUAGUCAAAGAGCAAAUAAAUAUAACUAGGCCAUUCUACGAUGAAAUCUCUAAGUAUUUCCAGUCAAUUUAGCAAAUAUUUCAAGCACUAAACAGUGAAAAAUGCAUCGCACCUGGUAUACAUAGUUUCAAAAGACCAUGCAUUUCCCUGUAAUCGAUUGUUGAUGACGAUUAAUAUAUUACGAUGUAAUGAACCAAUAGGAGCAGCUCUAAUGUAACUUAAAUUAAGCGAGACUUUUUAUUAAUUAUAGGAAAAAGAGAAGAGACCUAGUAUUGACGUGCUGCUGAACAAUCUUAAUGAAAUUGGUACUAUCGAAGGAUGGAUUUGUUCCGAU